CGUACAUUUACUUCGAUGCAGAUAGCCAGUGAGCUAACAUGUGAGUGGGAGUGUUGACAGGUACGUUUAAUACAAAAUAAGAAGAUAAGUCCUAAUUAGUCUUAAUGUACUAUCGUAUUUGUUACCUCUCCUUCCAGUUUUGUAACAAAGGUCAGCGUAGACGCUGAAGUUUAGCAUGUCCUGACAGCCUUUUUGAGCACCACCAGUGAAUAUCAGUAGGACUGGACACAGCAGACUGAGGACAACAUGUCCCCGUGUCAGAGGUUACUUUCCUUUGUGAAGCACAGAAGCUUGUGGACGCAUGUUCACAGAAAUGUCACCACAUGGUCUCCUGUUGGAGCUGCUUUCAAUGCCAGACCUACCAGGAGAGUGGACCUGUUCGAGAAAAGCGUGGGUUUGUUUGGGGUGCCAGAGCUGAACUGUCCUGCAGGCUUCCAGGCUGCCACAAGGACAGCUCUCAAAGACACUGAGCUCCUGGUCCAGAAAACUUGUUCUUGUCUUCCAGGGGCUGAGACGGUGGAGUCUUUUGACCAGCUAUCAGAUGGUUUGUGUAAGGUGGCUGAUCUGGCCGACUUUGUUAAAGUCGCUCAUCCAGACCCAGCGUUCCGCGAGGCAGCGGAGAAAACCUGUGUAGAAAUCGGCACAGUUGUGGAGAAGCUGAACACUAAUGUUGAGUUAUGCAGAAGUCUGAAGGAUUUGCUGGAUGAUCCAGACAUAGUGGCUCAGCUGGACCCUGACACAAGACGAGUAGCAGAGUUGUUUAUGUUCGACUUUGAAAUCAGUGGAAUCCAUCUAGAUGACAAACUGAGGAAAGAGGCAGUUGCCCUUCAUGUGAAGCUGUUGGACCUAAGCAAUGAGUUUUUGGUUGGCUCUCACAUGCCCAACAGGAUUGCCAGGUCUGUGAUUCCUGAACAUCUACAUCUACACUUUGCAAAUGAAGGAAGCUUCAUCCAAGUUUCAGGACUGCAUGCAGACACCCCAGAUGACUUGGUGCGAGAGAUUGCCUACAGGAUUUACCUCUAUCCCAACGCCGAUCUGCUGAAGUGUCUGGAAGAGCUGCUGAAGUGCAGAUACAAAAUGGCCAAACUAGUGGGCUACGAGUCCUUCGCACACAGAGCCUUAAAGGGAACAAUGGCCAAAACACCAGAGACGGUGAUGAGCUUUCUUCAGAUGUUAACAGACAAGCUGUCUGACAGAACAGCACAAGACUUCAAGAUGAUGAGCGACAUGAAGAAGAAACUCAACCCUCGUAAUUCUGAGCUCAUGCCCUGGGAUCAUCCGUUUCUCAGUGGUGUCUUGCGUGCAGAAAGGUACAACAUUGAGCCGAGUCUAUACAGUCCCUACCUGUCUCUGGGAGCUUGUAUGGAGGGUUUAAACAACCUCUUCUCGCAGCUCUAUGGCGUCUCCCUCAUGUCUGAACAUCCUAGUGCUGGUGAGCUGUGGAGCGAGGAUGUCCGCAAACUGGCUGUGGUACAUGAGAAAGAGGGAUUACUGGGAUAUAUCUACUGUGACUUUUUCCAACGGUCAGAGAAACCUCAUCAGGACUGUCACUUCACCAUCCGUGGAGGCCGUUGGUGCCGUAAAACUGGUCAGUACCAACUGCCAGUUGUGGUACUGAUGCUGAGUUUGCCCCAUCCCACCAAGAGUGCCCCCACCCUGCUCACUCCGGGCAUGAUGGAGAACCUGUUCCAUGAAAUGGGGCACGCCAUGCACUCCAUGCUGGGACGCACUCGCUACCAGCAUGUCACAGGAACCAGAUGUGCAACUGACUUUGCUGAAGUCCCCUCCAUCCUCAUGGAGUACUUUGCAACUGACUAUCGCGUCAUCAGUCAGUUUGCACGCCAUUAUGAAACUGGACAGCCGUUGCCUGAGAGUAUGGUGUCGCGACUGUGUGAGUCAAAGAAGGUGUGUGGAGCCGCGGACAUCCAGCUGCAGAUUUUCUAUGCCGUCUUGGACCAGAUAUAUCAUGGCAAACCUCAAAACCACUCCACCACAGAAAUCCUGAAAGAGAUGCAGCAGAAAUUUUACGGCUUGCCCUAUACAUCUAACACGGCAUGGCAGCUGAGAUUCAGCCACCUGAUUGGCUAUGGGGCCAAAUACUACUCCUACCUCAUGUCCCGGGCUGUGGCCUCAAUGGUGUGGCGACAGUGCUUCGUUCAGGAUCCUUUGAACAGGGACAUGGGAGAACGUUAUCGACGGGAGAUGCUGGCCCAUGGAGGAGCCAAGGAGCCCAUGCUCAUGGUGGAAGGGAUGCUGCAGAGACGACCUUCCAUCGAGGACUUUGUUGACGCGCUGGUGUCUGAACUUAACCCAAACUUUGAGACUUUCAUCAUGGACUCUGAGAGCUGAAAACGGUGGUGGUGCAGAAAUGGACUUGAAGCUUUCCUGCUGAUUUAAAAAAAAAAAAAAAUGAUGGCAGUACUGUCUGUAAAUGAAUUGUAUAAAUUUUAUGAAUCCUUGGUCUCUUAAGAGUCACACUUUUGCUGUCAAGAAAAAGAUGAGCAGAAUCAUCUUUAUUGGACAAGUUUGUGCACACAAACAAGGAAAUUGACUUGGUUCUACUUUUCUCUCUAAUACAACAAACAAUAAAUAUAUUAACAGAA